UGGCAUUCAAGUGAAGCAUGACGCGAGGAGCAACUGUGAGGUGUAAAAUGUCCAAAUCAAAGAUAAUCCACACGAUAAUAAUUAUCAUUUUAACGAUAUUUAGCUAUGGUUUUGGGAUGCCACAACAAGAACUUUUAUAUGACACAGAAUCAUUGGAGCAGUAUUCGCAAUCGCAACCGGAACCGGAACCGGAACCGGAAUUAGAUGUAUUCAAUUGCCCCACAAAUUGUGUUUGUCAAUAUGAUGCCUUUAAGGAGUUACCGAUUGCGAGAUGGGUUAAUCACAUGAUCGAUAGUUAUGAUGAUGAAUUGCAUACAAAAUUGGCUACCUGCCUGCUGCAGGAUAACAACGAUACGUUGGGUUUGUUGAGCAGUUUGCCAAUGGAUUUGCAGGCGUUGAUUCUACUUCACACUGGCAGCUCGGACAGUCAAGUGAUGGUCAAUACCAGCAGUCUUAAACCUUUAAAUCAAUUGACCACAUUGGAGAUACGAGGUCAAGGAGCCACUUUAAUCAUCGAUGAACCAUUGGAAUUUCUACAGCAUGCAAAUUUUGAGCAAAUUCAAGUGCAAGCCAGUGAGCGCCUACAACGUGCCAUCAAUAUACAAACCAAAUUAUCCAAUGAUAACUAUAAUUAUACACUGGCAAGUGAUUUAAAUGCCACCAAGAACUAUGAACCAAAGUCUAAACUACAAUUUGAGGAAGUUAUCCUCGAAGAGAUAUUGUCAUAUGAACAGCAUAUGCAAAAACUGAAACUGACUCGUAUGCCAACAUUUAAGGGAUGGACCAGAUUGGAAGUUUUGCGUAUACAGGACUGCCAUUUGGAGGAGAUACAUUGGCAAACAUUUGAUGGACUGCAGCAAUUGACACAUCUCAGUUUGGAGAGGAACAAUAUUGUUGAUUUGCCACCGUUUGCCUUUGCUGGGGCAUUGCAUUUGAAAAGUCUGUCCUUGGCACAUAAUUUCAUCGAUGGAAUGCAUUAUCUUGGCUUGGCUGGAUUACUUGAACUCGAGAAUCUGAAUUUAGCUGAUAAUUUGCUUGAGUUCUUGAAUGAAGCGAGUUUUCCACCCUUUCCCAAAUUGAAGAAAAUUGAUUUGCGUAAGAAUCCAGUAAGAAAUAUAUAUCCAGCUACAUUUUGGGUAAUGAAUAAUACCAGAGAAUUGCAAAUGGGCAGCAAUGUAGCUGCCUUGGAACUGGGCACGAUGAACAGCUAUGGACAAUUUGAUUCGCUUCACAAGCUGCGUACAUUGAGCUUGAGCAAUGUGACUGCCGGAAACUUGGAACAGGGUGUUUUCAAGGGACUGAAUUCGUUGGAAACCUUGAUGCUUCGGGGUAGCAUUAAAAGCAUUCAAUUUGAUACAUUUGCCGGCAUGGGGCAAUUGCGGGAACUUGAUUUGAGUGAAUGUGGCAUUUUGGAACUAUCCAUGGACGCCUUAAUGGGUUUACAGCGUUUGGAAAUACUUAAAUUGGCCCAUAAUAACCUCACGAAUAUACCACCCGGUCUCUUGGAUGAUCAACAGCAAUUGGAGGAAGUGCAUUUGCAGGGGAAUCAAUUGAAAACCUUACCCAAAAGUUUCUUUUAUCAGCCGAGAUUACGUGUGGCACGUCUCGAUCUGAAUCCCUGGCAAUGUAGUUGUGACAUGAGCACUUGGCUGCAACGUCUGACCAACAGAAUUCGUGGUCCCAGUGUCGAGACAUGUGUCAAGGAUAUAAAUGGUGAUCCGAUCGCUUGCAGGCACGUUCCCUCAUUUGAAGUGGAUAAAAGUCUAGUGCCACGUUGUGCCAAUUACAAUGGACGGAGUGUUUAUUAUGUCCUUCGAAGGCAACUCCAUUGCGAUGCUAUGCUAAUUUUAAAAACACGAAGUCGCAUGGGUAAGACACGUGGUCUGCCACAUUGGCGUAAACUAGAGAUGCAACAACAGGGGCAUGCUAAGCCAAACAGGACAACGAGAAGACAACACAAACCCCGUAAGAGUCAGCGCAACAAUUUGGAUUUUGUCCUUAAACAGCAACAACAACACCAAAUGAGGCGAUCCAAAGAGGAGUCUCAAUCAGUGGAAUUAUCUAAUGAGAUCUAAACAAAAUUCGACUUACAAUUAGACUUAAUGAACAAAAUAUUCUUAGAAAUAAUAAAUAUAAAAUUUAAAUUCUAGACUGAAAA